AUGGCCUCCCCUAGCGUUCUCACCUUUGACGCUGAGGGUCGGGAAGUGGACUUUGAAGUCUGGGUAGAUUAUCUGCAGCUUUUUCUGCAGUGCGAUAGGGCAGACGGCCUCUCACUGUUUGACCUCACUUUUGGUGCCUCCCCUGCCCCUGCUGCUGAUGCUGACGCCACUGUUCGCUCACAGUGGGCCACACAUGAUGCUGCUGCUCGCUUUGCUGUGCGCCGCCACUUACCGACCAUUGAGCGUGCACACUUUAGCCAGUACAAGAGUGCUCAUACCUUGUACGACGCUGUAGUUGCACGCUACUCCUCCCUUGCCACUGCUGCACUGAGCCGCCUCAUGCUACCGUACCACUUCCCUGACCUUGGUGCCUUUCCCACUGUCGCUAACCUCAUUACGCACAUCCGCACUAGUGACACUCACUACCGCGCUGCGCUUCCUGCUGAGGGUGUUCUCCCUCCCCCCUCUUGCCCUCUCUUGCCUCUUCUGCUGCGGCCGACCUCGUUGGAUUCGAGUUGGUCGGCGCUGCGUCUCCCCCGAGCGGGAGACACCGCACUGGCAAGGGCAAGGGGGGCAAGGGCACUGGAGGGCCUGGAGGGGGCGGUGGAGGUUGUGGUGGAGGCGGUGGAGGGAGUGGGGGUGAUGGUGGGAGUGGUGCCGAGGGUGGCGGCGGUGGCGGCAGCAGUGAAGGCGGCGGAGGCGGUGGAGGUGGCGGAGGGAGCGGAGGAGGCGGAGGUAGUGGAGGAGGCGGAGGUGGAGGAGGCGGCGGAGGCGGCGGAGGCGGCGGAGGUGGAGCGAGCCGCGACUCUGCUCAGAGGGGUGGCGCUGGUGGUGGUCAGCGCCAGCAGCAGCAGCGGAGUGGUGUAA